UAAUAUUAUGGUUGAAGAUUUUAAUGACGAUUGCAAAAUUUCAGUGCUCGAAAAAAUUGCCGAAGAAUUUGACGGAGCAAAUACAUUGUUUAAAUUUGCACUUUUGAAUCGAAAGCCAAUUAUAAAAAAACCUUACACCAAAGGAAAUACCCAAGAUACAAAUAUUCCUAUUUAUGAUUACAUUGCGAUGGCAAAAAACUUGCAUAUGCCUGCCUUGUAUCAAUGUAUUGAAUCAUGGUACGAAUCAACCAGAUCACCUACUAUUCAACCAAACGAUAUAACAGACGACGAUAUGAGAUCAGAAAUUAACAAUCAAUUUUCUCGGCUUUUUAGAAAGUUUAUUGAUAGUGCAUACAUUAAAGAAUGCACUUUUCACGAAUCGGCAUUGAAUGCCGCGUAUCCGGCAACAUUGCAACAUUUGAAUGACCUUAUAACAGCUAGAGGUGAUAGUUUGCGUUAUCUUAAUUUGGGUUUUUUCAAAUGUAAUGAUGAAGGCUUGAACAUCCUUGCUAAGGAAUGUACGACACUGGAGACAUUCAAAAUUAAAGCUUCUGAUUGUUCUGACAAAGAAUUGGCAAAUUUUUUGAGAACGCAACAAAAACUAACAAAACUUAAAAUUCGUGAUGCGGUUGGAAUGAAAGAAACUAUGGACGCGAUAAAAACGCUAUCACAUUCCCUUGUGAAGCUCCGCAUUCUCAAUUGUGAUCUUGAAAAUUGCACAACACCUUUUACUGGUAUUGGCGAUUGUACUCAUCUCCGUUCGCUCUAUAUGCGUAACAUACGAUUUACAAAGACUACAUCAUUAUCACAACUUCUAAUGCCGAUUGCACGUUGUGAAUUUCAUAACAUAGAUUUUUCGAAAACACAACUUCCUGUUGAAGUGUUAACUGAAAUUGCAAAAAAAUCGUCAACAACUUUGCGACGUGUUCAUCUUAUACGACCAGAUAACGAGGUGUAUAUCAAUCUCUCCGCUGGAAUUGAAGCAUUGGCCCAAUAUGCCAUAAACCUUCGUCAUUUUGAACGGAAUAUUCAUCCGUCAGAAGUUAAUUCAAUAUGUUACUUCUUAGACACGAUCGGACAAUCUUUGGAAACGUUGGAAAUAGAUUCCAACAUGGAUGGGCAUGACAUGUCAAACUUGAUUGAAUGCAUUGGUAGAAAAUGCUCGAAUUUAUCUGUAUUAAAUAUUAGUAGUUUUGAAUUUAACCCUGAUGCCUUUAAAGUAUUAAUAGAAGGAUGUUCCUUAUUGCAUACAUUGGUUAUUUGCGAUUCACAAUCAGUCAACGACAGAAUAUUAGAGUUACUUUAUCAUGCUGAUGUGUUACAAUCAUUAGAGAUUUUGGGAUGUCCUAAUAUAUCAAUUGAAGCAAUUGAUCGAUUUCAAAAGGAAAGGAAAGAAAUCGAA